AUGAGUAAAGGUGUAAAUAAUUUCAAAUUUGAUGUGUCUGUAGCUACAUAAGAAAGCUGCGAAAAUCACUCUACUUGGAAUAAAAACUAUUAGUAAUGCGGUUAUUAUGGAGGAUUUGGCAUGAAAACUUGCUGUUUAGCAUUAAGAGGUGACUGUAGUUAACAACCUGUCUUUAACUAUAGCUUUAACACUACUACUGACAUGGUAUCUAUGAUAUCAAAUCCUAAAUACGCCUUUAUUUUUAGUAAAAAUACAACAACAAAAAAGUAUCAAUAAACAAAGUACUUUGCUUUUAACUUUUAAUACAGCUACGACUAAGAUUAAAUGACUAUAGAUUUCAUCUAUGGUUUCUUAAAAGCUAUACAAGACUAUGAUCUCAAUUUGAGAAUGGUAACUGGGUCAGGUUGGUUAAUCAAUUACUUUGAUAAUAAAUGUAUCGUCUAACAAAACUGUACUGAAAAAGAACAAUUUAUUUCUUAAUCAGAUAUAAUAUUGUAAAGUCCUUAUAGCGGGCCAAGAGAAAGAACUAUUUAGUUUAACCAAGAAACUACUGUCUUGCCUGAAGUAUGCUCCUCAGGUUUCCCAAAUAUAGGUGCUUUCUAGUUUUGA